GAGGCAGUCGUCAGUUCGACUCAUGAUUACGUCUACAGAAGAAGAUCGUCAACGUCACUGCUGGCUAACCACAUCAUAUCCGCCGAGCAUCAACACACUGGACACAUCUACGGAAAGUACUACACCUUGAUAUGGAUGGAAAAGCAAGUGACCCCUUCAGCAGUGAGGCAGAACAGCUUCCUGGGGCAGGAGUCAUGGGGAGGCUUUGGCUGCCCAAAGGUCUGUCUGGUACUGUGGUUAAGGAUUGGGUGGACCGCAGGCGAAAGUCCAUCCGUCCAUGGGCCGGCUUUGUAGAUCAGCGCAAGUUCUCCAAACCUCGGAAUUUUGGAGAGCUGUGCCAGCGUGUGGUGAGGAACAUGAACACCUAUCACAGCAACUACACCUUCAUCUUCCUGGGUCUCAUCCUCUACUGCAUUAUCAGUUCCCCGAUGCUCUUGAUUGCUUUGGGAGUGUUUGCUGGUGCCUUCUAUAUAAUCCACUUGAAAACACUGGAAAAGAAGCUGGUCGUUUUUGGUCGUGAGUUGACUCAGGGACACCAGUUAGGUUUAGCCGGAGGGGUGUCCUUCCCUGUGUUCUGGCUCGCAGGGGCAGGAUCUGCUGUGUUCUGGAUACUAGGUGCUACGCUAGUUGUUAUCGGGUCUCAUGCGGCCUUUCAUGAACUGGAGUCGUCUGACAUGGAUGAGCUGCUCAUGGAACCUGUUUAAACCUCUCACCUUUGACCUUUUGGCUCAUGCUAACCGAAAAUGUCUUGCCUCAUCAUUUACAUUGCCACAUAUUGGUUGCACUAAUUUGACAAUAUUAGUUUACGCACAGAUUGGCCAGCAAAGAAGACUGUUAAACUGAAUUCACCCAAGACAGAUCAAGCACAUUAAAACACCUCAAAUGCCUUUACUGGUACCAAUUGAAUAUCAUGUUUAUUUGUUACAUUAUUUAUUUCCAAAAUAUCCUCAAAGCACAAACUAAAUGCACUGUGACCUAAAGCAAAAAUGCAGUUUAGUAGUAAAAACUAUUUCAAGUUAUACUAUCCUUAAAGGCAGAGUUUACCCAAAUCUUGGGAGUUCCAAACUGGAACACAAAAGAAGAUAAUUUUGAAGUUUUUUUCCAAAAUGAAAGAAACAGGGUCCAAAACAA